UGAUCUCACGCUUCUCCAUCAUGAGCAGGCGCGCAAAUCAUGAUGGCAAAGCGCGAAAUCAUGAUGACAAAGCGCGAGAUCACGAUGGCGAAACCGCGAAAUAAUUUAAAAGGUGUAAGAAACAUUUUGCAGAAUAUUGUUUUAGAUAAAGAAAAAAGAUAAGGAAAAUACCUAUAACGAAGUUGACGUAAUGAAGACGUCGCUAUACCGGAAUGCUUUCCCUACGCAAUGUAUCAGUUUUUGGUACAUUUGUAUCAGUAUCAUGAAACGUAGCAUGUCUUUAUUGACUAGUCUGGUAUUCAGUUUGGAGUUACGACAGAUUCCUUGUAGCCACUAUCAUACUUACAGACAUAUCUCUUGAUGCGCAGGCUGGUCUGGAUCCAUGCUGGUCGCAAACACACUAUGUUGAUUUACUCAUGGCGCGGCUCAGUAUAGCAUAAAAUGUCUGUUAUCUGAUACAUUUGACUUACAUUUUUGAAAACUAAUUUCAUGCACAUAAUUUUGUAAAACGAAGGAGGAAGUGUUGAAUAACCAUUCAAAUUUUAUGAUGGUGUCGUUCUUUCUUUACAUUUGAAGAAAAAGGUUAAUUUUGGAUUUAUAACUUUUCGGUUGGGUAAUUUCAAAAACUAGAUGCAGAAUUUUGUUUCUGACGAUUAACAGGUCAUGGAUUUAGAUCUAUAUGUUUAGAAGAAAGCAAUAAGGAUGAAGAAAUCAAAAUUUAUUGCUUACUAUUAUUGCUUGAUACAGUUGGUUGUAACAUAUGAACUUCCGGUUGAUUGUAAUUUCUUAAAUACCGUUCUCACCUGUCAGCGAUCAAUACCAAGUGAAAUUCCAGCUAGAACACAAACUGUUUACAUCAAGGAUUACGAUAACGGCAAUAUAGGACAAGGAAGAUUUUCACAUUCCAGCUGGAGAUCAGUUAAACGGUUUGAUAUUAAUGCCAACAUUGAAAUAUCUCUCUACAUCAAAGAUUUUGUAUUUCUGGGGUUAGAAAAAAUGACAACACUUGGAAUCCAUGCCAGGAAGGGAAAUAUUGUAGAUGACAAAGCUUUUGUUGGAGUUGAUCUUGUAGAAAAAUUGGACCUUUCUAAUAUGAUAGCUCUAGAAUCGGAAACGCUUAUAAAACCGUUAUUAUAUGAUAAUGUGUUGCCAAAUCUUCGUGUACUAAUCUUAGAGAAUGUGAAUACGGAAGAAAACAAUUUUAAUUUCAACCUUUCACGAAGUUUCGUGCACAUAAUACAGUCGAAAAAUAUAACAGAAAUUAGUUUAAGAGGUACUAACCUUCUUAUAGAAAAUAAUGCGAAUGCCAUUUCAACUGGGGUGCAUAUUCUAGAUGUUUCGAACGUAAGUUUUUCAUUUACAAAAGGGUUUGAAUGGGACAUUACGUUUCCACAUUUGAAAACAUUAAAUAUUUCUAGUCCCAUUACCAGAUAUUUUUCAAACAUGCGUUAUGCCAACACAGUUAAUAGUGUAAGCUGUGACUAUGAAGGUCUACCGUUAAUAACACUGGAGAAACUUUACGCAAACUUCUAUUACCGUGAUAAAGAGGUUUAUGUCAACAAUGUUACUAUUGACAUGUCUGCACCGUGCUUUCAAGUGAUGAAGUUUGAAGUUAUACACCUUCGAGGAAACAAGUUACCUUUCCUGAAUGCAACAAUUCAUCUUCCUGCAAACUUCUCCUUAUAUGAACUUGAUUUAUCCUUGAAUAGCAUGACAUUUUUAUCUGCAACUGUUUUGAAAGACAUGAUCAACCUCAACAAUUUGUAUCUUGGUGGAAAUUUAUUGUACAGCAUGACAAGUCAUCCUGAUUUUAAAAUCCUUUUCAAGCCCUUGCAUAGGCUUAAAAGAUUAUCUCUUGACUACAAUCAGAUAACAUAUAUCCCUGUACAGACAUUUCUUCAUAAUUUAAAUCUAGAAUGGCUUGACUUGCAAGGAAACUAUUUGAUGUCUACAUCAUUUUUGCAUUUACAAAUGUCAAAUUUGAACUUUCUCAAUAUAUCUUACAAUAGAAUCGCAUACCUCACUGGUGAUGAUUUAAUGAAACUAAAGAUAAUAGCAACCGGAAACGGAAGUAAACUGCCAGAAGUUAUGAUGAAUGACAAUCCCUUUGAAUGCUCAUGUGAAACUGUUGACUUUAUAGAAAUGAUCCGUACAACAAUUUUGAAUAACACCCGGCAAUAUUUAUGCAAUUUCGAAAAAGAAACGACACCAAUAAAUGACAAGAGCGUAGCAAAAGCGAAAUUUCUAUGUAUCAGAGCAAUUGUUUAUACCAUUUCUUCAGUUAUAUCUGUGUUGGUAGUUCUGUCAUUAUUCAUAAUGUUCUUUUUAACUUUGCGUUACUUUCGUAAAAAGCGACAAGUAACCAAAUUACAAACUUUCCUUCGAAAGUUCAACAGAGAUCAGCUACGCGAAAAUUUCCUCUGCUUAUUGUCGUAUAGUGACAGCGAUGCGAAAGUUUCAAAUCAAUUAUUUAUACGUUUAGAGGCCUUAUUAAAGGAAAUUGCCAAGUAUGAAGAUGAUGCUAUAUGUGUUGAUUUUAAACAUUUUCGAGCAGGUAAACCUAUUGUUGAAGAAAUUAUGAGAUGUAUGUCUGAAUCACUUGUUGCAGUAUUUGUAGUGUCUGAGGCCUUUUGUCGAAGUGACUGGUGUUGUUUAGAAGUCAAAGAAGCAUACGAACAACAAAAACCAAUUAUUCUUAUCUUCGUUGAAGAGGUAUCAGAAGAAAGUAUGACGAUUUAUAUCAGGAACAUAUUUCACCGUUAUAGUCGGGGUAAGCUUGUUGCGACAGAAAACGGUGAAAUAGACUUCAAGCCUGGUGGCCUUAAAGGACUUUGCAAUUCAAUUAUCUUGUUAGGCAGUGAAGUCGAGCAGCCAACGGAUGAGACUCAAGUAUAAAGUAAAAAAAAGGAAUAAAAGCUGUGGAACAGAAACAAACAGAAAUUAUUGAAAACUUUGAUACUCUGAAGAUGCACGAACGAAGGGACAGUAAAGAACCAUAAUUAUAGAAUUUAUAAAUCGCAACAUUUAAAGCUUGCUCCUUAAGACGUUUCUCAAAAUAGUAGUAUUUUUCUCUACAAGUUGUAUUUAUAUAUAGAGAGAUAAACAUGUGUUUGGGGUUUAUUGUAUAUGCAUUUGUAAGGCAUUCUAGGUCCACACACGUACAAAAGAACACUAAACCAAGUUAGGUAGUCCUUAUGAACUUGGUCAGAGAUGCAAAUCAUCCAAAUUUACGACCCUACUGUGAACUGACUUUAUCUCUUGCUGGAACGUUAAUGUCACGUCAAUACAAAAGACAGAACAAUACAAAAGAUAUCAUAUUUUGUGUGAUGACAUCAUUGUCUAUGUGUUGAAUGUUUGCCCAAAGAAGUCAGACAUAAGACAGACCAUGUGGGAUUUUGUCAUAAGUGAUAUGGGAUAACAUUCCUUUAUAGAUUGGAUAAACAAACCUAGAAAUAUUUAGGUUGAUAUUCUUCUCAAUGUUACUUUCUACGAGGUCAGAAAAUCUCGGUCUUUUUCUUCUAAGACUGCCAUAUCGUAUUUUCAACAACGGAACACUGAGUGGUUACUGCAAUGCUGUUCCAUGCAAGUUGACUAUGUAUAUAUGGUGGAUAUUAAGCGGGACAUGUUGAUUAUGUAUAUAAUCAUUAUCAACUUGGUUCUUUAUUUCAAUGUAUAUAUCAUUAUUUGUUCUAAGCAUAUAAAUGUUGCAGUCAUGCAGUCACCUAUGAGAAUAUCAAAGAUAGAGAGAACUUUCAUCAUGUUAACUUCAUUGUAAAUAACCGAUUUUGUGUUUUGUUUUAUGUACUUAUUACACCGAGUUAACGUUUACGAUGAUGUUAACUUCAUGAUGUCUAUGAUACAUUGAAAUGUUUGUUUAUACUAUAUCAAUAUGUUAUUUAUUUGCUCAGUAAGCGUUAGAAUGAUAAAACCUUAUCUAUUAUUAUAACGUACUGACAAGGCAAACAUACUUAUUUGAAUAAAUCUGUCUUAACACUGA